AUGCUCAACUUAAAAGCGCUCCUCCUCACAGCCCUGCUCUUAGCCACCCAGGCCAUCGCCUCACGAAUCUCCUACUCAACAGGAUACACAACAGGGGGCGUAAACGGACACGGCGGCAAUGAACAAAAAGCCGGCGGAACUAUCCCCGACAACCAAGACGACUUGGUCCUCCACAACAUAGGAAAUUGGUCUCACAACAGGUUCCAGGCCCACAGAAACGCAAGGUCCCAUGUUAUUAUUGUCUCGAGUGUACACAGGGUUAAAACGAAGGGUGAGGCUGCCAGCGCAAAUAACGCGGCGCAACAGCUUGUCAAUCAGCAUGUUCAUUAG